CUUGUUGACACUUUUUAGUUACAUGACGCGCGCAGUUGAACUGGAGCACGGCGAUGAGUCCGCACUUUUGGACGCAUUGCAGGAGGAUUGUUUUGUGCCGUUGGAAUGCGCUGGCGGUGACACGGCCGCAAACGCUGGUGCCGUGCUGGAGCUUCUGAUGGAGGCGAACCCGCACUUGUUGGGUAUCGCGGUGGGAUCUCUUUGCGUCACGGUUACUGAACUUCAACAGGGGCCUUCCUCGGCGCACUGGCGGGCAUGGACAACUGCCCUUCGUUGCUUCUGUCGUGUGUGUGACGAAAAGGAAGUGUCGUUGACGGACAGUCUGCCGGAUGCUGCAGGACGUCUUCUUUCGCCUCUUGCGUCACUACUUAGGCAGGCUGUCGAUCCCUGGGCAGCUGCAGAGUUGAUUGAAUUGCUUUCUCUCUGCGUUGCUCGGGCGGAGCAGGAGUCUGUCUGCCGUGCUUUUUUGUCGAUCCUUGAAGCUGUGUUUGACGGUGCUGGCGAAAACUUCACUUGGGAGCAGUCGCUUCUUCUUGCGGUCACCGUUUACGCCGUGCACCGAUUGUUCUCGACGUGUGUCACUUCUCUCGUUUCCGGCAUUUUAUGCGACACAUCGGCGUGGUUACAACGUGCGCUUGUUGUUUUGUCACGAGGCGGCCCACUCGCUGUCUAUUGCUGCACUCACGCUGUGCAGACACUUGUGCGUGUCAGUCCAACCUGCCAAUUGCCCUCGGCGUCGUUGGUGCUCGCCGCAGUAGACAGUGCGUGCUGUCAUUGCAACGUUCCGAAUGCGUCAUCACUUCUUGCUGGAUUUGUGUGGUCGCUUUUUCUUCAUGCCCCGGGGCAGUGCAACAUGGCAGUGGAAGUGAUACAGCAUCUCUUGUCGUACUGUCUUCAGAAUGGCCUGCGUCGUGCAGAGUUGCGGCACUCUCUGACAGAUUUUUUGUUGCGCUUUUUAAAGUCCUCCAUGGAGCAAGCGGCGUGCCUUCAGUGUCUGGAACCUCUGCUAAAUAAGUGCCUUCCUGUCGUGCUGCAGUUUGCUGCGGAGGAUGCGCCACAUGACGAUGCGACGACACGUCUUUUGUCAAGUUGUUUGGCAGCAGCGGCAUCGGGUGGGCACGCGGGUGUCAUACGUGAGGACAUCAGCUUUGUGCUUUUUGAGGUUCUUUGUUCUUCCGUGCAGGAACGCCACUGCUCCACAACGCUCUCAAAGGUUGUUGCAGCAAUGAGUGCCACGGCAAUUGUUUCUCCGACGCUUUUGGACGGGGAUAUGACGGCAACGGUGUCGCUUCUUUUUAGCAACAUCGAUGCAGCCGGUGGAAAAGGUUUGAACUAUGUGGGAUGUUGUCUCCUGCCGGCGCUUUUUUGUGUUCGCCACCCAGAGUAUCUUGAGGGCAUUGUGGCUGCCUUUACUGGAGCACCCCUGCAUACGCAUUUGGCAUGGGGGACGAUGUUUGGUUUUUUGAGCUCCGUCGCUUCCUUUGCCGAUCAUUUCACGACGAUGUACUUCCUGGCGGCGUGGUUUAGCUUGUUGCGCCACGCCAUCGCCAGCCGUCUUGCGGGACGAGAAGUACUGGCUGUGGUUGCACCCUGCUGCACGGUCUACGAUCUGCCAAGUAUGCACGUGAAGUCACUACCAAAACGUCGGGUGGAGGGUUGUAGCAUGGCGCAGUGUAUUGCCACGGGUCUUGCGUUAGUGGCUCAGCGGUGGCAAAAGUCCGCGAAGGUGAAACUGCUGGACGAGGAGGUGCUUCAGCCGCUCUCAUUAAACCGAAGAUUUGAGUCGCUUGCGUGCCGUAGCGCCGCCGAAGUGGGGAUUGACGCGUUAUUUUUGAUGAGCCCCGCAAAGGCCGCGCAGUGGCUCCUGGGAGCGAUGUCAGCUGGCGGCUACGGGCUGCAGGUUGACGCCGCCGUACGCUUUGCAGGUGAAUCUUAA